UCCUUAGGGCGCAGCGCGCAGCCCUUGGCCGCAGUCGGCGGCUCUAACAGUCACCAGAGAAGACGUAACGGACGCUUCUAGCUCGGGAGGAGGAGCAGAUUUUGCAGGAAGAAGAAAGAACCUUCUCUUUUUUUCUCCCCAUUUUUUUUUUCCUGUGGAUCAAAAAUACCAAAAUGGAGACCUAAACCCUUACAAGGGACAAAGUCUAAACCUGGGGAGGUAGUUUUGUGCAUAAGUAAAUAAUUAAAAUUAUUGGUACCUAAUAAUGAUUGUAACAAAAUUGAUGAUAUCUCAUUUUGGCAUAUAGAAAAUAUAAGUGGUCAUUUUCAACAGUGUACAGCAAUAAUCCUUUUGAAGAUUACCCAGUGCUAUCAGCUAAAAAUGAAUUCCUUAGAGCAAGGGAUUAAUCUCAAAUUUUUUGUGAAGUUAACUAAAUCUUUAAGACAGACAUGUGUCAAUUUAAAAAAGAUUUGUGACUGGAAUGAAAAGUUAAAAGAAAGCAGGGAAGAAGAAGUCAGUGAUGAUACAUGAAAUAGUUGUCUAAACACCUGUAAGCCCUAAUAGGAACACAGAAUGAAGGAAUUCUAGAAUUGGAAAGGACCUCAGAGGUUGCUUAAUCCAACUCCUGUACAGUAGAUAAAUUCUCAAAGAGUCACGUGACUUCUAUUUGAAAGUAUCUAUUGACUCCAAUAACUCACACAAAGCAACUGAACUCUGCUUCCUAGUAACAUCUUUAAGAUAUUGUCUGAUCAACAUAGAUUACACUAAGAGUAGGUAGGAGAAAGGUGCUGAAAGGGUCUGAGAUUUUAGUUCACUCACAUAGUCAUAGGAAGAGUGAUGGAUGAAAAGUUAAAUUAGAUCAAGAUGGAUUUACUUUUGAAAAAAACAAAACAAAGAAGGCUGCUGGUAAAUAUGAUGUAUUUUGUAAAUUUGGCAUUUUUAUUUUCAAGAAAAGUUUGACAAAAUAGAAGUAUUUCUUGACUAUAGAGAGCUGUGUAAGCAAAACUUUAAAUUGGGUUAACAAUUUUAAUUAAGGCUGGUGGUAUGUUGUUGCCUCUGUAAUCAGAAAUAAUGUUUCUCACUAUCUGAGGGUCAGAAACACUACACACCUCCAAAGAUAGCUUGGCUUUAACCAUUAAGUUUCUAUAAUGGCACAUAUUAUAAUUUUAAAGUUAGAUCCUUUUUGAAAGUAUGUGAAAGUCUCUACCAUAAAAUUUAGAAUAUCUCUAUUAAACAAGUAUUUGGCAUGGAAAAUUACAAAGAAUUUCAUUUCCAGGUUUCUAGCUUCAUAUUAAAACCAUAUAGGAUGCACAAAACUACCUCCCCAGAGAAAGACUUGUCCCGUUUUUGCUCCCAGAAUCUCAUGGACAUUUUAGAAAAUAGCAUAUUCUUAUUGAAUAUGAAUACUAGUAACCUAUGUGAAUUGAAAUAUGACUUUUCUUGUGAACUCUACAGAAUGUCUACAUAUUCUACUUUCCCAGUCAAUGUUCCAAUCUCAGAAAGGAGUCUUGCUCGGGCUGGAUUUUAUUACACUGGUGUGAACGACAGAGUUAAAUGUUUCUGUUGUGGCUUAAUGCUGGAUAAUUGGAAACAAGGAGACAAUGCUAUUGACAAACAUAAACAGCUUUAUCCCAGCUGUGCAUUUAUUCAGAAUUUGAUAGCAGUUAACCUGGGAUCUUCUCAGUCCACAUUUUCUUCUUCAGUGAAUAAUGCCACACGUUCAUUAUCUUCCAGUUCAGGACAGAGUGGAUAUUUCAGUGGUUCUUAUUGCAGUUUUCCACUGGAGCCAGUGACUUCCAGAGCAGUUGAGGACUUGUCCCCUUUGAAUGCCAGCCCCUACAAUUAUUCAGUGAAUACGGAGGAUGCCAGAAUUCUCACUUAUCAGACAUGGCCAUUGACAUUUCUGUCACCAUUAGAUCUGGCAAGAGCUGGUUUUUACUACAUAGGACCUGGAGACAUGGUAGCUUGCUUUGCUUGUGGUGGGAAACUGAGUAAUUGGGAGCCAAAAGAUGAUGCCAUGUCAGAACAUCGAAGACAUUUUCCUAACUGUCCUUUCCUGGAGAAUCACAUCCAAGAAACAUCAAGGUUCAGUGUUUCUAAUCUGAGCAUGCAAACCCACGCAGCCCGUAUGAAAACCUUUGUGACCUGGCCCCCUCAAAUUCCAGUUCAUCCAGAGCAGCUUGCAAGUGCUGGCUUUUAUUAUGUGGGUUGCAAUGAUGAUGUCAAAUGCUUUUGCUGUGAUGGUGGAUUGAGAUGCUGGGAAUCUGGAGAUGAUCCUUGGGUGGAGCAUGCCAAAUGGUUUCCAAGGUGUGAGUACUUGAUCGAAAUAAAGGGACAACAAUUCAUCAAUCAAAUUCAAGCUAGUUAUCCCCAUCUUCUUGAACAGCUGCUAUCUACAUCAGAUACUCCAGUGGAUCAAAGUGCUGAGUUACCAAUUUAUUUUGGACCGGCAGAAAACCAUUCAGAAGAUGCAGUCAUUAUGAAUACAUUUGUUGUCAAAGCAGCUUUGGAAAUGGGCUUUAAUAGAAGACUAAUAAAACAGACAGUUAAAAAUAAAAUCUUAACAAGUGGAGAAAACUACAAAACAAUCAGUGAUCUUGUAUCAGAUUUACUUAAGGGAGAAGAUGAAACAAAGGAAGAGGAAAAAGAAAUUAAAGAAAUAGAAUCAGAUGACUUAUCAUUAAUUCGGAAGAACAGAAUGGCACUGUUUCAACAUUUGACCUGUGUGCAUCCCGUUCUGGAUGGCCUAUUGAUUGCCACUGUGAUCAAUGAACAAGAAUACGAUGUUAUUAAACAAAAAGCACAGAUAUCUUUGCAAGUCAGAGAACUGAUUGAUACCAUUUUAGUUAAAGGAAAUGUUGCGGCCAACAUAUUUAAAAAAUGUCUCAGAGAUGUUGAUCCAGUCUUACAUGAGAAUUUGUUUGUGGAAAAGAACAUAAAGUAUAUUCCAGCACCAGAUGUUUCAGACUUGUCAGUAGAAGAACAGUUGAGGCGAUUACAAGAAGAAAGAACAUGCAAAGUUUGUAUGGACAAAGAAGUAUCAGUUGUCUUUAUUCCUUGUGGACACCUAGUAGUUUGCAAAGAAUGUUCAUCUUCUCUAAGAAAAUGCCCUAUUUGUAGAAGUACAAUCAAGGGUACAAUUCGUACAUUUCUUUCAUAAAGAAAAAUAAUCUUCCAAACUUUUAUAGCUAAGGGAUUUGAAAUAUCUUAAAACUUCAAAAGGAAAGAUUGUUAUUUGUACCUGAUUAAUGAAUGUCUAUUCCCUCUUUCCCACCAAAAAUAAAUUAUCAUAUUGAAUUUA